UUUCCCUGUUUCGUGACCCAACGUUUUUCUCGAUCGUGCAAAACCAGGCGGUGACCACCCGAUCCGUAUAUCCCUCCACGUGGCAGCAUCCAGAGCCAACCUGGCAGGGAGAGUGUGGGCCAUUCAUGGCGACGAACCGGUCUUUAGGUGGUUUGAUGGUGUCUGUAAGCAACGCUCUGUACCCGUCUUCUAACAAGAUUUUAGCGGCUGGGGGUCAAUUGUAUAAGAACUGGGGUUUAAGGCUUUAAGCCACAGAUAGGAUGGUUUUCAGAGGGUUUUUGCAGAGAGAAGGAGAAACAAAAAAACUAUAAAACUACGGUUUGCGUGUCGGAAAAUGUUUGGGUCUUAAGAAAGCAGAGCGAGAAAACCAUGGGAUAGGAUAGGGGCUGUUUCUGUUUACGUGAUCCACGAAAACUGUGUCUGGUUUUUGUUUUUUCUUUCCUAGAUUAUUAGAUUUCUGAGUUUCAAAUUUUCUGGCCAGUUCCGAUCUUGCAUUGUUGGUGUUCAAUUGUGUAAGCUUUUGCUUUGCUUCUUGAAAGCAUGGGUUUUUAGGGAGAAUUCUCAUGAAUUUUGACGAAAAGUCGGUUGCUUGCAGAAUGCAUGGUUUCUUUGUCCUUUGGGCUUUUGGAAGAUGAUUAGUGAAUCUGUGGCAGUAAAUUUGAUUUAAAAAACAAAAAAAAUAAAAAAGAAUAAUGAUAGUGUUCUGUGUCUUCUGAGUUCUUGGCAUGCCUUUGAGAUAUGGUGUUGCAGAAGAGAUUGGAUUACGGAUUUAAUGGCUAUCAGGUGCCACCAAUACCACGAGCUACCAGAUCAGCGAGGCGGAGAAGCGUUAUUUGGAGGAAAGCCGAUGACAAUCAGAUGUGUGCAUUUGAAUUAUUAGCUAGUGUAGCUGGCAAGUUACUGCUGGAGGGGGAAAGCUCUCCUAGUUCCAAAGAUAAGUCACGUGCUAACGAGAAUACUUCACCCGAGAAAGUUAAUAUCAAGAAGGAAAAACAGAAUGAAGAUAGAACCAUGCUAGAAACAUCUUGCAAUCGAGGAAGUAAAGAACGGACUUUCUUUAUUUCCGAGCUUGUUUCACAGGCCCCCGUGUUAAAUAACUGUUUGAGUGAACUCCCACAUUCCCAAAAUGGUAUAUUGUCUGGACCUGCAUCUGUUAUAACAACUUCUGAUUUCUCAGAUACGAUUGGUUUAGUGGAGCAAUUGGGUAAUGACGGAAGCAAACUUGAACUUGGAGGCUUAAAUAGGACAGUAGAUUUGGACGAAUCUGGUAGCAAAGUAUUCUCUAGCUCUAAAUCAGGCGCUGCAGUUGGAAAAUCAGGAGGCAAUCGGCUGUCUGAUAAUGUCAAGGUUUCAACUGAUAGUAAGGAUGGCAUCUGCAGUUCAGAGUUUCCGGUCCUUGGGGAUAGGAAACCAUCAACUUUAGUUUGUUCAGACAAUAGUGUAGAGUUAACUUUAUCAAGGAACCACAUCCCUUGUGGGUCCUUGCCUCCUGCAAAUAGGGAUGAUGUAAAGUUAGGUAGUAGAGAUGAUGACGAAAACCCGUUGGGGUGCACCCUACGUAGCACCUCUAAUAAGGCCUUCAGGCCAUCACUGCGAAUGAGAGAUCAAAGGGUCAAGAAGUUACUGGCAUCUAAAUAUUGGGAAUUGAAUUCAAAAUCAAGUGAUAAGCAACAUCUAGAUGCUGAUGUUGAAAGCAGUACCAAGCACCAAAGAUCUCUCAGAGAUUUCCCUUACAAAAAAAGAAAGCUCUAUGAUUGUGGCUUGGUGGGAAACUCUGAUGGGGGGAAAAGUAGCGAUGGAAUGUGUACUUCACUUACUAGGGGUUAUAAUGGGGUGAAAAGUAGCAAUGGAUUAUGUACUACUCCUAAUGAGGGCUAUAAUGGAGAUGCCUCCCGUUAUUGUCUGACAUUACCAACAGCCCACUCAACAACUGGACCAUCAACCUUUUCAGUGGAUGAACAAGCAUCCUUUAGGCCUGGUGAUCCCCAUGUGAAGCUCAAAAUUAAGUCUUUCCGAGUUCCUGAGCUUUUCAUAGAGAUUCCAGAAACUGCAACCAUUGGUUCUCUCAAGAGGACAGUCAUGGAGGCAGUGACCAGAAUUCUUGGUGAUGGGCUAUGUGUUGGUGUGGUUUUCCAGGGAAAGAAAGUUGGAGAUGACAAAAAAACCUUAUUACAGACAGGAAUUUCUCACAAUAACAAGCUCGAUGCUCUGGGUUUCACUCUUGAGCCCAAUCCUUCUCAAGAUCCCCCACUUCUGUGUUCAGAAGGCCAUACUCAACCUUAUUGUGAUACACCAAAACCACUAAAAAGGUAUCCAGCUGCUCACAGCAUAGCUCAUGCUGUGGUGCAAGCGGGACCUGCCAAUAUCCUCAAUGAUCAAGCAGGAACAAAUUUGAUCAAUUUCAUUGGAAGUAGUCAUGAUUUAGCUCCAUCCCGUGCUGAUGUCUCAUUAGAAAAACAUGCAGCAGAUUCAAGAGCAUUGGUUGCUGUCCCAGCGGUAAAUCUGGAAACAUUUGCUGCAGUUCCAGUGCGGAAACCAAAGCGAUCUGAGGCAGCACGACGUCGAAUUCGCCGACCUUUCUCUGUUACUGAAGUGGAAGUGCUUGUUCAAGCUGUUGAGAAGCUUGGUACUGGAAGAUGGCGUGAUGUUAAGCUUCGAGCUUUUGACAACGCCAAGCACAGAACUUAUGUCGACUUGAAGGACAAAUGGAAGACAUUAGUGCAUACUGCAAAAAUAUCUCCACAGCAAAGAAGAGGCGAGCCGGUGCCCCAGGAGCUGCUAGACAGGGUCCUGACUGCCCACGCCUACUGGUCGCAGCAACAAGAGAAGCAACAGAUGAAACACCACCCCGAGACUUGUCUUCUUCUCUAGGAGUAUUAGGGAAGGGGCGCAGGGGACCCUGACUCAACUAUAUGUUAAUUACUCGAUAUAAACUUCAUGUAAAGAAUACGAAAUGGGGAAGUAAAUUAGUACAUGCGAUAUUAUUGUGUAGUUUUUGGCGGUGAUUGGUCUCCUGCGUGGAGGGCUUAGCGCAUUGUAAAUGCUUGAUUCAAUAAGUGCUUUGCUAAUGGGAUAUUUAUUUUUUUUCCUUUCUUGUGUGAAGACUUUAGCAUUUCCUCAAUGCUUUGCAAGAAUUCUUGGUUGUUCUGUGUA